UGCUGUUCGCGCAGAGUUUGGACUGCGAGUGCGACUGUGUAGACUCUUUGUAGGUACACAAUCUGUAUAGACUCCGAGAAAUAGCAAAAUAUGUAUGAUUGCAAGCAGGAUUAGUAGCCACGGCGACUUUUUGUAAAGUCAGGCGAUUUCAUCCUUGUGUUAGAAAAGCCGAGCGUGAGACGAAUGAGCGGCGCACAGAAGAGGGAGGGAGAAAGAAAGAAAGAACAGCCCCUGAUUCCACUCUUGCAUUUUUAACGGCGUUGUGGAACUUUGCUGGUUGUCGCUAUGACUCCUGGGCUAUACCGUUACAUCCUUCACAGCUGGCACGCAGCGACUCCGCAAAACUCACCCAGACUCAAGGACAAGACAAAGGAGUUACAGGUAGCUCCAGACUACAGGUGUUUUAAGAGAUGACACUGAACACACAGAGAGAGGGAAAAGAAGUGGUGAGAAGAAGGGCCAGUACUCCGAUCCCCUCCUCUCGGCAUGGAGUAGUACAAAGAGAACCUGAGCAUCCUCCGCUUGCCCAGUCCACCUCCUACCAGGCUGGAGAAACGAAACUCCACCUGCGAAACCAGUGGUCCUCUGACUCAGGGGAGUCCGACAGCUCAGGCUAUGAGUGUCUUUACCGUGUAAUCCUACUGGGUGAUCAUGGAGUCGGCAAGUCCAGCCUAGCCAGCAUCUUUGCUGGAAUCCAGGAGAAAGAUGGCCACAACUGCAUAGGCGAGGACAUGUAUGAAAGGACACUGACAGUGGAUGGAGAAGAAACCACCCUAAUAGUUAUGGACACAUGGGAAGCAGAAAAGCAGGAAGAGGACGAGAAGUGGGUGCAGGACUACUGCAUGCAGGUUGGGAAUGCAUAUAUCAUUGUUUACUCCAUCACUGACCGCAGCAGUUUCGAGAGUGCUUCAGAGCUGCGCAUCCAGCUGCGCCGUAUCCGUCAGGCCGAGAAUAUUCCCAUCAUCCUUGUGGGCAACAAAAGUGACUUGGUGCGCUGUCGAGAGGUAGCAGUGGAAGAGGGUCGGGCGUGUGCUGUCGUUUUUGACUGCAAAUUCAUUGAGACGUCAGCAUCAUUGAACCACAAUGUGACAGAGCUGUUUGAAGGCAUCGUGAGGCAGAUCCGUCUGCGGAAGGACAGCAAAGAGACCAAUGAGCACCGGCGUUCAAUUUACAAGCGCAAGGAGAGCAUUACCAAAAAGGCCCGCAGAUUCCUUGACAGACUGGUGGCCAAGAACAACAAAAAAAUGGCCUUGAAAGUGCGCUCCAAAUCCUGUCAUGACCUGGCUGUGUUGUGAGCUCUUUUGUUAACCCCUGAAGGCUUUAAAAAAUUAUCAGGCAUCUUUUUUGUUUGUUUUUGAAGAAUUUUUGUCUUUAUUUAUUAUUAAUUUUGCUUAAUUUCCAAAGAAAUUUAAAUGAAUGGAUGACAUUUUAUGAGAACCGUUUCAGCAAAUAAAUCUGGAAUGAAAAAUUA